ACAGAGAGGUUAAACCAGGAGUUGGAGACAGUCCUCCGUUGUGUGACCUCCCAGAGCCCAUCUUCCUGGUGCCGGUUCCUUCCCUGGGUGGAGUACGCCCACAACUCUUUGCCCUGCUCCUCUACUGGUAUGUCUCCAUUUUUUUGCGUGUAUGGUUACCAGCCUCCUGUCUUUCCGUCCCUUGAGCAGGAAGUCUCUGUUCCAUCCGCCCACACUUUGGUCCGCCGUUGCCGGGCUGCAUGGGUUCGAGCUCGUCGGGCCUUGUUGAAAAGUUCCCUGACCUAUAAGAAGGCAGCAGAUCGGCGCAGAAUUCCUGCUCCCACUUACAGAACUGGGCAAAGGGUCUGGCUCUCCACAAGGGAUCUUCCUCUCCGAGUCGAGUGCCGUAAGUUGGCUCCUCGCUUUGUGGGUCCUUUCCCAGUGUCUAAAGUUAUUAAUCCUCUUGCUGUGAGACUAAAGCUCCCCAGGACCAUGAGGGUACACCCAACCUUCCAUGUUAGUCGUGUGAAACCUGUUAAGGUGAGUGGGCUGGUCCCUGCCACCAGACCCCCUCCACCCCCCCGGCUCAUCGACGGUGGCCCUGUAUAUUCUGUGAGGAGACUCCUCGCAUCCCGUCGCCGUGGACGCCAGCUUCAAUACUUGGUGGACUGGGAGGGUUAUGGUCCGGAGGAGAGGUCAUGGGUUGCAGCCAAGGACAUCCUGGACCCCACUCUUAUUAGAGACUUUCUCCGCCAGCACCCUCAGGAUCCUGGGCCGUCAGGUGCCGGCCGUAGAGGGGGGGGUACUGUCAGGGUUUGAAUGUUUCCUGUUUUAUUUUGGUAUUUUUGUCUUGUCUUCCUGUUUCCUGUCCCUUGGUUACUCCAGUUCUCUUUACUUCCUUGUCUUGAUUACUGUCCCCGCCCUUAUGUGUUUCACCUGUGUCUCGUUAUCUCCUUGUCUAGGUGUAUUUAGUCAGCGUCUCUUCUUCUUGGCAGUUGCCAGAUUGUCUUGUCCCUCGUGUCAGCUUUCCAGCAUUGUUUCCUGUUUUUUGACUUCUUGUGUUCCUGACCGUUGCCUGUUUACCUGAUUUUGGAUUUUCGCCUAUUCCCUUUGGACACUGUUGCCUUAUCGGACUGCCUACUCGUGUACUGGACUUUUGCUUGUAAUAAAGAACCUGAACUUUGA